GCAGACCCCACCCAGGACAGUAGUUGAGCUGAGUGCGUUGCGAGGGCGGCUGAUAACGGUUCUUGCAAGCUCGGGGAGACACGGAACCCUUUCUUUGUUAUUCCUUAGUAGCCUGACACCUCCCUUCUGUCAAUAUGCGUGAAUGCAUCAGCAUCCAUGUUGGUCAGGCGGGCGUGCAGAUGGGCAAUGCCUGCUGGGAGCUGUACUGCCUGGAGCAUGGCAUUGCCCCUGAUGGCACCAUGCCCUCUGACAAGACAGUGGGCGAGGGGGACGACUCCUUCAACACCUUCUUCAGCGAGACUGGCAGCGGAAAGCAUGUGCCCAGAGCUAUCUUUGUGGACCUGGAGCCCUCUGUCAUAGAUGAAGUGCGAACAGGAGCAUACCGCCAACUAUUCCACCCUGAGCAACUCAUCACUGGAAAGGAGGAUGCAGCCAAUAACUAUGCCCGAGGCCACUACACCAUCGGCAAGGAGAUUGUUGAUAUUGUCUUGGACAGAACCCGAAGACUGGCUGAUCAGUGCACUGGGCUACAGGGAUUCUUGGUGUUCCACUCCUUUGGCGGUGGCACAGGCUCUGGCUUCACCUCUCUCUUGAUGGAGCGCCUUUCAGUUGACUAUGGCAAGAAGAGCAAGCUGGAGUUCGCCAUCUACCCCGCACCCCAGGUGGCAACAGCAGUGGUGGAACCAUACAAUGCAAUUCUCACAACACACACAACACUAGAACACUCAGAAUGUGCCUUCAUGGUGGACAACGAGGCUAUCUAUGACAUCUGUCGCCGCAACAUGAACAUUGAGCGGCCCACCUACACCAACCUCAACCGCCUUAUUGGUCAGAUCGUCUCCUCAAUCACUGCCUCCCUCAGGUUUGAUGGAGCCCUCAAUGUUGAUCUGACAGAGUUCCAGACCAACCUUGUACCCUACCCAAGGAUCCACUUCCCCCUCGUCACCUAUGCACCAGUCAUCUCAGCAGAAAAAGCUUACCAUGAGCAAAUUUCAGUUUCUGAGAUUACCAAUGCCUGUUUUGAGCCUGCCAAUCAGAUGGUGAAGUGUGACCCACGUCGUGGCAAGUACAUGGCCUGCUGCCUCCUGUACCGAGGGGAUGUGGUGCCCAAGGACGUCAAUGCUGCCAUCGCUGCCAUCAAGACUAAGCGAACCAUCCAGUUUGUUGAAUGGUGUCCAACUGGCUUCAAGGUGGGGAUCAACUACCAGCCACCCACUGUUGUGCCUGGAGCUGAUCUGGCCAAGGUGCCACGAGCCGUCUGUAUGCUGUCCAACACUACUGCUAUUGCCGAGGCCUGGGAGCGCCUGGACCACAAGUUUGAUUUGAUGUAUGCCAAGCGAGCCUUUGUACACUGGUACGUUGGGGAGGGCAUGGAAGAAGGAGAGUUUUCCGAAGCCCGAGAGGACUUGGCAGCGCUUGAGAAGGACUAUGAAGAGGUGGCUAUGGACAACAUUCUUGAAGAGGACGAAGGUGAAGAGGAGAUGUAAGAAGACAAGAAAAAAAAAAAAAAAAGAGCCAAAAUUAUUCUCCACUGCCUCUGACACUUGCUCCCAAUCCCUGCUUCAUGAGGACACUGCCUUUACACUGACAGGCACUUGCUAUGUAACCAAGACACUGCCGCUAAUAGUCCUCAGCGCAAUGGUUCUGGGACUGGGAAUGGUCACUGGUCUAACAUUCCACUUUCGUUUUGCUGAUAUUAAAGAACAGCAAAGGACAUCAGCUUGUAUUUCCAGUACAUACUUCAGUAUAUAUUUGUUUUUUCACCAUCAGAGAAAGAAUCAGUAUCUACAUUAACAUUAACUGAAACAAAUAUCUAGAAGGUACAGUCAUGGAAGCCAAGGAAACUCCUGAAGGAGGAUCAAAACAGCUUCAACAGCAACAAGAAAAAAAAAGAAAGCAGCACCAUGGGACUGAGAACCCAGGUGCUCCUACAGCAUUAUAUCAUUUGGCUUUGUAUUCAAACUCACUUGUUUAAUAUAGUUUGCUGUAUUCUGUGAAAAGAACAGGAACAUGUGAAUUACACAAUACUUAAAUGCCUACAAAUGCACUGAAAAUGCACAUUUGA